UUUCUGUACGGAUUUCUAAUAAAAGGACUGAUUGGGGGCGAUUUUAACCAGUUGAACUCUACGUUAACGUGCGCAAAGGUUAUUAAAAUGGGGAAUAAAGUUUUAAUUUAUUUGGCUAUUUUCGCCUGCUUAGCCAGGGCUCAAAUGCAACUGCCCAGCAAAGUAUUCGACCAAUUAAUAGCCGAGGUUGCCUUCGAGACUGUUCUUUUAUUGAGUGAAAAUUCCACGGAUUGUUCGAUUGACGUGAAAUAUAAUGCUGUUACGCCGGUUAUUUAUCUUAAUGCCAAUCAAAAAUAUCAACUUCAAACUCAUUUUAAUAGACAAUUUCUAUCGUUGGUUUGCUUAAAAACUGAAAGCGAUUUAAUCUUGAAUGCGCUCUAUCAAAAUCUGGAAUCCAUGCGAUAUACUCGGACCAUAUUUAUGAUUACAAAUGAAGUGGAUAUGGAAUCUUUGUUUAGGAAGUGCUUCGAGAACAAGAUGCUUAAUGUACUGGCGAUAGGCAAUUGGAGCCUGGAAGAAAUAUAUAGUUACAGAGCAUUUCCUGAAUUUAAACUAGUUAUGCGAAAGGUUGAUCAGAUCGAACGAUACUUCGAGCCUCAACUGAAGGAUAUGGGUGGCUAUCCCAUUAGCACUGUAUCGGACAACAUAUUCCCACGCAGCGUUAUAUACAAGGAUGGAAAUGGAUCCUAUCAACUAACCGGCUAUCUGGCGCCGUUUGUUGAAAGCUUUGUCAAGACUUUGAAUGCAACUCUUCAUGUUUAUUGGGAUCAUGCGCCUGAAGAGAAUGAAAUAGUAAACAUAAAUUUGCUGAACGACCUGAUUCGCGCUGGAAAAGUGGACAUACCGAUGUUCAUAACGAAUCUUGGCUUUACGCCAAGCCAUCGAAAUCACUCCCAUAUAGUAGAACUGUCAAAGUGGCAGAUAAUGCUGCCCGUCGAGUCCCAGAUAAGUCGCGCCCUGCUCGUCGUUGGCGGCGGGACAAAGCUCCUCAAUUUGUGCAUCUUCAUUCUGAUGUCCAUUUACGCCCUGAUCAUUCACAAUAUUCGCCGUUUCGAGCUGGGCAUGGCGCCCAGCCUUAUGUGCUUGUGGGUCAUCUUUGAUCCCGUGCUGAGGGCCAUGCUCUCCCAAACGUUUUCGAUGCCGCGAUCCUCCAGCCUGCGUCUCAGGUGGACACUGGCCGUGCUACUGCUGGGCAGCUUUGUAUUCUACAACAUUUACAUAACAAAUCUGGAGACGCUCCUGGUGCAUCCACCCUUCGAUCCGCCGAUACUCAGCUAUCAGGAUAUGCGUCGAGCGGGACUCAAGCUCAUGAUAUCAGAGCCUGACAAGGGAGCACUUACCUUUGUUCUCGGCCAACGUGGAUAUAACGCCAACUCGGAUCUAUACGAGAUGGUAAGCACAUCGGUGUAUCAGACGAGCCGCAGCCAGCCGAACACUUCCUAUGCCUAUCCCAUUACCCAAACGCUCUGGCCCCACAUCAAAAUGAAGUUCAUCCGGCAGGAGCAGGCCGCCUUUCGCCUCUCCAAGGAACUGGUUUUAAUUCCGCUUGUGCACUUUGCUUUGCGCUUGCCCUCCAACUCCAUCUAUAAAGGGGCCAUCAAUCGAUAUAUUCUAAACACCCAAAACAGCGGCCUGUACACCUACUGGCGCACCCAGUCCUUCUACGAUCUGCUUGCGAUUGGCAAGACCAAGCAACUGCCCUACAAGGAUACCUCGAGCAGCAUGCAUUUGCGCUGGGAGGACCUCUACUAUUAUUGGCUGAUCUAUAUUGUCAGUGUCAAUAUUUGUGUGCUGGCAUUUGUGGGCGAGGUUCUAGUAUACUCUAUAGGACGUUGGAGAGCGGGUUGAGUUGGGAUGGCCUAGAGGAAAAAUUACCACAGAGAAGGCAUAGUGAAGGAGUGAAUAAAAAUUAUGAGAAACUAAGAUCUUUGCUAGAAGAAAAGCUAAUGUCAAUGUAUUUACUACAAUUAUAUAUCCAAACAAUAAAGAUGCAAGAUGA